GAAAAUCACCACCGAGUCCAAAACCUCCUCUCAAAAUCAAAAGCCCCUUCCUCCAUCAGAAAAGUGCCGCUGCCUUGGACGGAAUAUGGCUGCUACUGUUGCUGCUCUGAAAUCAACCACCGGGACUUGCUUCCAUCAGAUUAAGAAAUCGGAUGCCCAUUUCUUACCUUCGCGCAGGCCAGGCUCCGUUUCAGUCAGGAUACUCCGUCGUCAGUCGCCAAUGGCAACUCUCACCGCAGCGCCCACUGUUGGCCUAGCCCAAACUUUCUCCAAUCUCAAAAGCCAAGGCAAAGUGGCAUUCAUCCCAUACAUAACUGCUGGUGACCCUGACCUUUCAACCACAGCGGAGGCUUUAAAGGUGCUGGAUAAGUGUGGUUCUGACAUAAUUGAGCUUGGUGUUCCAUACUCUGAUCCUCUUGCUGAUGGCCCAGUUAUUCAGGCAGCAGCUACGCGCUCCUUAGCAAGAGGAACUAACUUCGACUCGAUCCUGUCCAUGUUGAAGAAGGUAAGGCUGCCUACUUCUAGAUCUUGGUAUCAUUUGCAG